GUUGCGUCAUUUGUCCUGGCAACUACCGGCAGAUUCUUUCCAACCUCGCACUCUACUCAGCUCGCUUCGGCACCUCAGUGGGCGGUGGGUGCGGGUGGCGGAGGCGAUUGAAGCUGCUGGCCCAGCAUGUGGUGCGCGAGCCCAGUUGCCGUGGUGGCCUUUUGCGCCGGGCUUUGGGUCUCUCACCCGGUGCUGGCGCAGGGCCAGGAGGCUGGGGGGCGACCGGGGGCCGACUGUGAAGUAUGUAAAGAAUUCUUGAACCGAUUCUACAAGUCAUUGAUAGACAGAGGAGUUAACUUUUCACUGGACACAAUAGAGAAAGAAUUGAUCAGCUUUUGCUUGGAUACCAAAGGAAAAGAAAACCGCCUGUGCUAUUAUCUAGGAGCCACAAAAGACGCAGCCACGAAGAUCCUAAGUGAAGUCACACGCCCAAUGAGUGUGCAUAUGCCUGCAAUGAAGAUUUGUGAGAAGCUGAAGAAGUUGGAUAGCCAGAUCUGUGAGCUGAAAUAUGAAAAAACACUGGACUUGGCAUCAGUUGACCUGCGGAAGAUGAGAGUGGCAGAGCUGAAGCAGAUCCUGCAUAGCUGGGGGGAGGAGUGCAGGGCCUGUGCAGAAAAAACUGACUACGUGAAUCUGAUCCAAGAACUGGCCCCCAAGUAUGCAGCGACACACCCCAAAACAGAGCUCUGAUCUCCAACGCCGGCACAUUUGUGACUUGUAAUUAGAGAGAAAAAUGACCCUCUAGUAUAUGGACAUGUUGAUUAAGGAUAACUGGGAAAUACAUCAUAUUUGGUCUCAUGCUUUUUGUGUUGGUAUUAUUCCGCAGAAUUUUGUUACCUGGGUUUAUGAGUAAAACUAAUACUAUUGAUAACUUACAUUUGCAAUGUACCAAAAGCUAAAAGUUCCUUUCUCAUAAGUUUCUUGGAAGGGCUAUGUCAGUUUUCAUUGCCUGUCUCCUAAAAGUGACCUACUGACAAAUUGAUGGAGUAAAUUGAUUCCAAGAAAGAAGAAGGUGUUCAGAGACUCCUCUCUGGAUGCAAUUUUAAAAUAUAUUGGACUACAACGAAAGACACAACAGUCAGGUUAUUUAAUGCACAACUUCAAUCCCAAAUACAGAAUCAAAAGUUUUUCUAAAGUAAAUAUUCUGUUUUCACUCUACAUUGUAGCUCUCUUUGGUAUCAGAAAUGGUCAAGCAGGGGUACUUGUUUUUCCCAUUGGAAGAAAACCCACUUAAACCUACUUGAAGAAAAUAGAGAGGUCAGGAACCCCUAUAAGUAUAGCCAAUGUUUGGCAAUUAUAUCAACAUUUACAUUAUUAAUUGAACCAAGCUCAAGGUCUUUUUCAUUGCUUACAAUCACAUAUCAGACAAGUUUUUGAUAGAAGAUUAAAGCAUAUUAAAAACACUCAUAG